AUGUCGAAGAGGCAAGCUGAGCUGUCGCUUGAGGAUGAGCCCGCCGUGGGCUCUCCUGUUUCCAAGAAGGCUCGAGUUGAAGACGAGUUUGAUGAGAACGAUCCGCGCAACAGAGCACUACCAUUGCGACGAGCCACUGGACAGGAGAUGGAGGAGCAUGAACGCAAUGGCCAAAAUAUCCUCGCAGCAGCCGACCUUGAGGAGGAAGAGAUGGAAGAGGCAAUCCCAGAAAACGCCGACGUCGCUGAGUCGUCUGAUGUCGAUGACGAUCGACCAGCCAUCGCGGCCCCGAAACGCCAGAGUGAACCCAUGGAAGGCUACAGUGAUCUCUACCUUGACACGAUCAAUCGCCAGAUCCUCGAUUUCGACUUUGAGAAACAGUGCUCCAUUACCCUUUCGAACAUCAACGUCUACGCCUGCCUGGUAUGCGGCAAAUACUUCCAAGGCCGUGGUCCCAAGUCGCAUGCUUAUUUCCAUGCCCUCGAAGUCGGACAUCAUGUGUUCAUUAAUAUGUCGACAAAGAAGGUCUAUGUGCUCCCGGAAGGAUAUGAAGUCAAGAACAAGAGCUUGGAAGAUAUCAAAUAUGUCGUGGAUCCUCACUACACCAAGGAAGAGGUCUCGAAGCUGGACAAACAGGUGCAAGAUGCUUUUGAUCUUGCGGGCAAUCGUUACAGACCUGGCUUCGUCGGGAUGAACAAUAUCAAAGCCAACGAUUAUCUGAACGUCGUUGUCCAGCUCUUGGCUCAUGUCUUCCCCGUCCGCAACUACUUCCUACUGCAUGAGUUUCCUACACCUGGAACGCCACAAUUAGCGCUCCGUUUCAGCACUCUGGUCCGCAAGUUAUGGAACCCAAAAGCUUUCCGUUCGCACGUAUCGCCGCAUGAGCUGCUGCAGGAGAUUGCCCUCCGAUCAUCGAAACGGUUCACCCUCACCCAGCAGUCUGAUCCGGUGGAAUUCCUCUCAUGGUUCUUGAACAAUUUGCAUCUUUCCCUUGGAGGUUCGAAAAAGCCAACCGCGACGCCAACGAGUGUAAUCCAUGCUGCCUUCCAAGGCCACCUCAGAAUCGAGAGCCAAGCCAUCACCGCGCACUCCGACACUCAAAACGCUCGCUUGGUAUUUACCGAGUCUGGCACCAUCAACAGCCAAAAAACACCAUUUCUCAUCUUGACCCUCGACCUCCCACCAACUCCCCUUUUCCAAUCCGCGAACCGAGAAUCUAUCAUCCCCCAAGUUCCUCUGACAACUCUUCUUAAUAAAUAUAAUGGCAUCACCGCCUCAGAGAAAUUGGCUCACCGUGUCCGGCACCGACUUCUACAUCCUCUCCCGCCAUACCUAUUAUUCCAUAUCAAACGCUUCAGCAAGAACAGAUUUGUCUCUGAACGUAACCCAACCAUUGUCACUUUCCCGUCCCCACGCUCCCUCGAUAUGUCGCCGUAUGUGGAGCCCAACCCAGAUAUCUGGCCACCGGGAGAACCGAUUCUCUACGAUCUCGUCGCCAACAUCAUCCUGGAUCCAACUGUGGCCGCUCCUGGGGCGACAGAAGACGCUGCAGAGAAAGGGGUCAACGCUGCUGGCGGGUCGUCAUCGGCGGGUGCCGGUGCCGGCAGUGAAAGGGUUGCAUGGCUUGUUCAGCUGCACGACAAAGCCAUGGCAGCAGAGAACGUGCGACAUCAAAGCCAAGGGGCUGGCGAACAUCAGGGUCCAGAAUGGUUGGAGAUCCAGGAUCUCUUCGUUAACAAGGCCGAGAGCGAGACGCUGUUCACGCGCGAGGGAUAUCUGAUGGUCUGGGAGAGGCGGAAGACCCCUGGCAUGGCCAACCGAAAAGGCAAGAACGCUGGGAAGUGA